AUGACGGAUCGAUUUCCAAUAUUCCUCUUCGGCGGCUAUACUGCGCAAGUCUCCAAAUCUUGCUCUAAAUCUAACUGGUCGGGUACAACACUUAGAGCUCGUGGCAUGAUCAACUCACUCCUCGGGCGAGGUUGGCUUGGACAUCCCUCCCUUACGGCUUGGUCAAAGUUAGUUAGAUGGUGGCGUCUUUCACCCCCCAAGAAAGGAGAGCAAAUGUCAAAAAGUUCCUUCGUUACUUAUGCAACCACUCCAAAUGUUCGCUGUAAAAUUUACAACAUUCUUGAAACUUUAAAAGAAGAGAGGGUUGUAAUCGUGUUGGGCGAGCUUGGUGAUGUCGUGAGAGAAGUGCAGCUUGUGGGUGAAGGUGUGUGGUUAGUGUGGAGUAGGAGAUGUGGGAUUGGGAGGCGAGUGGAGUGGGUAAGAGUUGGAGUGGAGCCGCUGGCUUAUGU